ACAUAUACGUCACACAGAGACGACAGAAUACUCACUGGAUUCAGCAUCACUGGAACAUUGCUGGCAAUACUCAUUUCUAUAAUCUUUGUGGUUGGCUCUGGCAUAAAACACAAGCAGAUGUUUCGGUUUCCAGCUAUUUUCUUAGUUUAUUCCUCUGUAACUCUUCUCAUCUACGGUUUCUUCAACUUUGCAACAGAAUUUGACAGAGGGACAGUAAUUUGCAGUUCAAGAAAUCUUGUCGAAACCCUUGAAAAAGGCGCGCAUCAUUCUAUUGCCUCUUUGUAGGUAUGACUGUUAUAAUAGCUCACAUUGUAAAUUCAUUAAUAAUGUUAUUUACAGGGGCAUUCUCUGUAUAUGGAAGAGUACAGGUUGUUCUCUGGUGGGUUUCUCAUACCUCAGUACUAAC